AACCUCACCAACGGUAAUGAUUCUUAGUAAUAAAAUAAUGUGACCAUCUUCGCCAUAAUAAUUUUUAUUGGUUCAUUUAUUAUUUUUACUAACUCUCUUUCGCUAUGAAAUAUUUUCGAAAAUUCAGUGCCAGUCAAACUUCAUGUUUCACAGUUUUAUCCUUGAUCUUGGCAUUCUCGUAUCCAGUUGAUGGCGAUGGAACAUUUCAAUCUUACAACUCGAAAGAGAGGAAAAGAUUUGAAGCUUCGUCAAUUUCAAAUAUUCGGCAUUUAAAUGAAAUUGAGGACGAUACGGAAGAAGUAAAAGUGUCAACAGCUCGUAAUAAUUUCCAUACUACAAAAUCUGGACCUUAUUUUCCAAACUGGCCGAGUUUAGAUUCUAGAUUACUUCCAAAAUGGUAUGAUGAGAGCAAAAUCGGGAUAUUUAUUCACUGGGGAGUAUUCUCAGCUCUGGGAUUUAAUGGUGCGUGGUUCUGGGAAUGCUGGAGAGAAGGUCACAAAGAUUGCGUAGACUUUGCAAAGAAGAAUUUCAAACCAAAUUUUACCUAUCAAGAAAUUGCUCCAGAAUUUACUGCAGAAUUUUUCAAUUCCUCCGAUUGGGCUGAUCUUUUCAGGAGAUCGGGCGCUCGAUAUGUCGUACUAACAACAAAGCACCACGAAGGGUUUACCUUGUGGCCAUCCAAGACGGCCUUUGGCUGGAAUGCCAACGACGUAGGACCUCACAGAGACCUUGUCGGAGAACUAUCACGUGCAAUUCGGAACCAUUCUUCCCUACGUUUUGGAGUGUACCAUUCCUUGUACGAGUGGUACAAUCCUCUGUACCUCGAUGAUAAACAGAAUAAUUUCAAAACGAAUCAAUUUGUGAGAUUCAAGACUAUGCCUGAGCUGUAUGAACUGGUGGAGACUUAUCAGCCCGACGUGGUGUGGUCAGACGGGGAUUGGGAAGCUCCUGACACGUAUUGGAACUCGACAGAGUUUUUGGCAUGGUUAUACAACGACAGCCCCGUUAAAGAAACCGUAGUGACAAAUGACAGAUGGGGGUUAGGCACAAUGUGCAAACACGGUGGUUUCAACACUUGUGCAGAUCGCUACAACCCGGGCGUGCUUCAACCAAAAAAGUGGGAAAAUUGCAUGACUUUGGACAAAUAUGCGUGGUCAUUUCGAAAAAACACAAAUUUCGAGGAUUAUCUAACUCCAGAAGAGUUGAUAACUACAAUAGUUGAGACUGUUUCAUGCGGAGGCAACAUUCUUGUAAACGUGGGUCCCACCAAAGAAGGAAUGAUUGCUCCAAUUCAACAAGAACGGUUGUUGCAAAUGGGAGAGUGGUUGGGUCUGCAUGGAGAAGCCAUUUACUCCACAGUGCCGUGGACAUUCCAGAAUGACACCGCUACUGCAAAUGUUUGGUACACGGCAAACCCGCACAUGUCUCGGGUAUACGCCAUUAUGACAAAAUGGCCUGAAAAUUGCGAGAGGACGAUUAUCCUUGGAGCUGUGGAUGGAAAAAGGGUUUCAGUAGUAACAAUGUUGGGUGGUUAUAAGGAUCACCUUAAAUUUGAAGAUUUAGGAGAUAAAUCCGGAGUCCGUGUCGAAUUACCGGCCCCUGAUGAAAUUAAGUCAAAAUGGGCUUGGGUAAUUGUGUUGCAAAUGGUGUAAUACUUAUAAUUUAAUGAAUUAUUCUGAAAAAUUACCGUCUUCAAAGCCAACCAGGACAUUAUUUUUACCAAACUCAGAAUCUCACGGGUUCUGAGUUUAAUCUAAGGAUUUUCACUUGCCUUCGUUUGCUCUUCAAAGUUAUGUAAGAACCAGCGGAAAAAAUAUAGCCCAGCAGAAUUGUAUUUUUUGAAAUAGUUCAUUCUGUAAAAAUAGAGCUUGCCAAUGACAGUUACAUAAAUGUAGUUUAAAUAAAA